GUGGUGGGCUUUCCGGGCUACCCAAACCUCCGAGUGUCCGAGCACCGCAAUCUCAUCCAUAUUGACUGGGAAUCUAUAUACUGCCCUUAUCACCUACAGUUGUGGUACAACGUCUGUAUCAUUGCUGGCCUCUUCUGAUCAUGUCCACCCUCCUCAAACCCGUUCCCCGCUACAUCUUCUGCAAUAUAGAGCCUGUUCUCCUCUUUGCAGGUUUCGCAACCUCGGUGAUCUCGACCCCAACAUAUGUUGCUUCUCUAUCGUCUGCCUCCCGGCCUCAUGGGUUACUUCCUACUGAGCACAUUCUGGCUCUUCAAUUGAGCAAUGUUUAUCUUCUGCUGGCAUUUAUCAAUAUCUUUGUGCUCAACACAACCAGUGAACUAAAGGUCGUGAAGGCAUAUCUCUCAGCGUUAUGGUGGGGAGACUUAGGACAUUUGAGCAGCACUGCCUGGUGCUUAGGAAGAGAAGGGAUGGCUGCAGCUUCUUCUUGGACUACCAUAACCUGGGCCAAUUUCCUUAUACCGUCCUUCCUCUUUCUGGCAAGGACGUUGUAUCUCUUAGGCGUCUUUGGAUCAGACGCCGUUGUGGACGGUGAGAAAUUCGAAUAAAUGGGAAGGCCUGUUAAGAGUCACAGCAAAGGGUAAGCAUAUACCAACUGCACCAUGUCUAUUCGCCAUUCACUUACCAGAGGAGCAAGGAAAUGUUAACGGUCCUGCUACUGGGCACUAGUUUGGAAUUCUAUGUCGGUGCACUAUGUGUUGGAAAAUUAACUGCUGAGUUGCUAUGUGGAAUAGAAGCCAUUUGUCUAUCUCUUUUUCUCUUAUUUUUCUUUUUCUUUCUUUCAAGGAGGGGGAAGUGUCUCUUCCUCGCCUGAAUAGCGGGCCUUUCGAAUUGUUGUUUAAGCUUAACUCCGUAUUUGACUAUCACAAGCAGCAGGAGCUAUGCUGGGAUCUGGAUGUAGAAGAUUACAAUCGCGACUGCAGUGCAAUUAAUGAUUAAAAAGAUAUUUAAGACGCCGCUUUCACAUGCAGUGGCCAAUCACUUAUUUAUAAAUUUACAAAGAGCUUGAGUCU